UCUCGUACGGGACGUUUACAAAUAGUCGUUAUAUUUUUGUGAUAAUCCGCUCAACGAUUUUCGAGGUGUUGAUAAAAGUUUGACCACAUACAUGGGUCCGAAAGCCCUCAGGUCAGUGUCUCUUCACAUCGAAUACAACACGAGUUUGCAGAAUCUCAAGAGCAUCAAGUUCAAGUUAUUCGGGGGUGCGAGUUAAAUUAUUUAGAGACAUUUUAUUUCUUCUGGACCAGAGGAGCUUUUCCUUCCCAACAAGAGCUUCUUCAGGAUAAGCACCACUCAAGGAUUUAACAAACAACUUCUCCCUGGGACAAUUGCAGAUUAAAAAUUAUAUCAACCGAAAUUCAUUGGCAGAUCGAGAGUUCAUUUUUAAUACCAUUCUUCAUCAUGCUCAUCCUCGAGGGGGUUCCCCUGUUCCUCAUCGAAUUGGGAAUUGGCCAGAGGAUGAAAGUGGGUGCACUAGGAGUUUGGAAUAAUAUCCAUCCAUGGCUCGGAGGUAUCGGCAUAGCUUCCUGCAUCGUGACCUUCUUUGUGGUUCUCUACUACAACAUCAUCAUCACGUGGUGCUUCUACUACCUCUUCAACUCGAUAUCCGCCGUGGUGAAGACGUUCUCUGGACCUACCGUCCAGAUGCAAGACACGUUGGCGUGGGCAAAGUGUCCGAUGAUUGAUGGGGUUGAAGUUGAAGAGUGCGUGAAGAGCUCAUCCACAGCGUAUUUCUGGUACAGAACAACUCUAGAUGCAUCUCCAAGUAUAGCAGAACCCGAAGGUCUGAAGUGGUGGAUUGUGCUGUGUUUGUUGCUCAGUUGGACAAUUGUAUUUUUCAUCAUGAUGAAGGGAAUCCAAUCCUCAGGAAAGGUCAUUUAUUUCACAUCUCUCUUCCCGUACAUAGUUCUCACUAUUUUCUUCAUCAGAGGAGUGACUCUUAAAGGAGCGAGUGAAGGACUCGCUCACAUGUACACCCCGAAGCUGGAGAAAUUGCUGGAGCCGACGGUGUGGCUGGAUGCAGCGACUCAAGUCUUCUACAGUUUUGGUCUUGCCUUCGGGUCUCUCAUCGCCUUCGGCAGUUACAACAGUCCCGACAACAAUUGCGUGAGGGACGUUAUCCUCGUGACUUUCUGCAAUGCAUUUACCGCGAUAUUCGCCAGUGCAGUUGUCUUCGCCAUCCUGGGGUUCAAAGCCGUCAGUAACGUCGACGACUGUCUCGAGCUGUCGAGAAAGUUGCUGGUGAGUUCAGGGUUUCUCGGUAGCAAUUCCACUAAUGAACAGUUUGAACAGGCGAGGACGAUGUUCAAUGCAACUGCUGUUGGGGCGAACUUCUCUCUGAGUUCGUGCAGCCUCGAUGAUGAAUUAAAUACUGCUGCCGAAGGGACAGGGCUAGCCUUCGUCGUCUUCACCCAGGCGAUAGUUGAGCUUCCAGGUGCUCCAUUCUGGUCCUGCAUCUUCUUCCUGAUGCUGCUGGCCCUCGGUAUUGGCUCCCAGAUUGGCCUCCUCGAGGGUAUGCUCUGCGUGAUAUUCGACAUCGAUAUCUUCAAGCGAAUAAGAAAACCAUACAUAACCGGCUGUGUCUGUGCCACAUGCUUCCUCGUCGGUCUGAUAUUCUGCACCGGAGCUGGUGAAUACUGGCUUAAGCUAUUCGACAGCUUCGCCAGCACGAUUGGUCUCGUCGUCGUCGCCUUCCUCGAGAUGAUCGCCGUCGUCUUCGUUUAUGGACACGAAAAAUUCACGCAGGAUAUCGAGGACAUGACUGGAUACAGACCCGGAUGGUACUGGCAGAUCACCUGGCGAUUCCUCGCACCUCUCAUCAUGAUCUGCAUUCUCCUCUCCAGCAUGUGCUCCAUGAUAAUGAAUCGACCGCAGUAUCCGGCUUGGGUCGCCUCAGAGGGCGCAACCGAGUCUUUAUUCUAUCCCGAUUGGGUGAUGGCCAUUGCUAUCGUCAUUAUCUUAAUUGGCCUGGCUCCAAUACCCACGGUUUUCCUUCUUCGAAGAUUCCAGUGCCUCAAACUCGAUGUCAAUAUUCAUCAGGGCAGCAUACGCCGAAUCGAGACCACUGUUUCCACUAAGGAAAUGAUGGGCGAUGUUGAUAUCGACGAGUAUCAGGACAGACUGGAGGACUUCCCCGAGGAGGAAGAGGGCAACAGCGACGACGAUAACACCCUGCCAACCCAAAAUUUUAAAGUCAUCGCCUCCAAGGAGCAUCAGGGGAAAGGAUUGAAAAUGAGACGAAUGGAUUACUGAACUCGGCAGGAAUGUAAAUCUGUAAUAAUGUGGGAGGUAUUUGUACAGAAAAACGUGAUAUUUUCGUGCAAAUUAAAUGAAAUAAUUGUCAGGCGAUGGUUUAACUGUUAAUCUGGGAAUUAAACUGCCAAAAUAAACUGACGAGGGGUUUUAUUGCGUCACAGAAUUUCAGACUAGAGAAUUCAGACUCAAUAUUCAGUUCUGAGAUCAAAUCAGUAGUGAAGUGACAGUGUAAACAGUUUUUUUUUUUGGAAAUAUCUCUGGAAGCAAGCGAGCUAUCGAAAUUUUGGUUGUUACCUUUUUUAUGGAUUACCCUGAGAACUGUAAAAAUGGUGGUUACAAAAAAUUCGGUAUCUCUUCUGGAUUCCGAGAUAUCACACGAAAACUUCGAUUAAUUGACUACAUCGACUCCGAUAUUUUACUACAGAAUUUUAUGUCAUUCACUUCUUCUUCAUAUUUGUUCUUACCUGAGGAGGAAAAUGUAAAUAUGGUAUUUUAUGAUAAAGUGUGAUUACGAAGACGUACAAAGCAGAGGAAAAUGUAAUCGAUAAGUUGGAAGAAUUUUUUUUAAUAGUUGGACUGUGUUACGAAAAUUUAUACUUUUUGCAAGAACAUUCGUCGAAAUUAUCCCAUUUUUUUUUUUUUAGAGAAGCUCAAGGUCAAUUCCUUAAUGCUAUUCUCUCUCUUAUCAAUAAUUAAUUUACAGAGCAUCAGAGUGUUCCAUAUCUGACUUCGCAGUAUUCAUUAAAUUCGUUAUCUGAUGUUAAUUGUCAGUUACUUAACAGGUGAAAUUAUUUUUAUCGCGUAACUUCCACUUCUGAGAUAUCGAUUGGUCAUUGAUCAUUCUGGGAUACUUGUACCUAUGUACAUAAUUCGACGAUCGAAUAGUUGAAGGCG